AAUUCAUGUCACUAACCUAUUUUAUUAUUUCUCCAAACUGGCUGCUUACACGGACAUUAUGUAACCUAAGAAUAUAUAUUGAUACAGUGUACAGGUUACUGCGUCUGCCAACGCGUUCAUGAUUCGUCGAAGUGAGCUUUGCACAGAAUAAUAAAUGAUUAAUGACUGAUUAAGAAGCUAUGGGUAAAGACCGCAUUCCGCCUGACACCAGCUCCCCCUCGACAAGUCGCCACCACACAGAAGGUAAGAGGAAACAAGUGGCUGCUAGUGCUGAUCAUCACCAAGAGCCGAAGAAAUGGAAGAAAAAAGGAAAACAAUACAUCUCCAGCAGUUCUGCAUCCCAAGAAAGACACUGUGACCAGUCCAACAAGAGAAACCAGUGUGCCAUGUCAUCUAAAAGGUAUCACAAGAAGAAAAGGAAGUCUCGCCAGACGACUAAAAGAGUUGAAGACACCUCAAGUGAGGCCUGUACUUCAAAGAGUCAAACUUCAGAAGCUCCUCAGAUACCAGGCUUCUACUAUGACCCAGAUCAGAAGAAGUACUUCAAGAUCCUGUCCAGUAACAACAAUGUUAAUGUUGUCACAAAGGAAAAAAUUGAAAGGGAUCAGGCCGAAAAACAGAGACUUAAAGAUUUGUCUGAACUUGUGUCUUCAAAUCGAACCAAACCAGAUUCUAAUCUCCCAAAACGGACGGCCAAUUUGGUUCACCUACUGUGUAGAAGUGAAAGAGGUGAUAUUGGGCAGACACAUCUUAAGAAUCAGAUGGUGAUGUCAGACAUCGGGUCUCUGAAACCAGCUGGGUCGUGGGUUGUGUUGGAUGCUCCUCGUGGAGUCCACGAAUCCCUGGAUCACAUGCUGAUGAUGGACACUAGCCGGGACAAGGACAAGAUUCUAGGACUGUGGUCGGUGAAGGAGACGGUGAUGCAGAGACUGCAACUGUUGCAUCUCGGGGAGAAGCAAAGGACAGACAGCAGCGCCACGCUCUCGCUCGAUAUCGGUGCAACAGGGACUACGGUUCUUCAGUCAUGGAAUAAGAUCUCUAACGUAUGUUGGGCUCCGUUUAUUAAGUCUCCCGAUCGGAACCAUGUGUUGUACACCACCAUAUGCCAUACCGGCAACUCCUUCAGUUUAGCUUUCAUCAGGAAUCUGGACAAGACUCGGCGCCAAGAGGAGUACUUUGAUUUUGAUCUUGGGUCCAGGGCGACCUGGACAUGUGCGUGGAACUAUGCCAGGCAACAGUUCAGUGUGGGGAGUGAGAAGCGCUCUCUGUUGGUGGACGUGGAGACAAGGCGCAUGUGGGAGUUCCCAUGCACCAGUGAUCCCUUUGCUCAAAUCUUCUCACCCAACUCAGGACACAACCUGUACAGUGGCGGGAGGAAUGGGGUUGUCUUGUGCCAUGACCUGCGCAGCCUGCCAACUCAACCAAGCACCUACCUCGGACACAAGACAAGCAUUUCCUCCCUCAGGAUUAGCAGCUCGGAAAAUGAACUGUUCUCAAGUGACAUUUCAGGAAGGGUGAAGAUGUGGGAUGUGCGCAUGCAGCGGGCAGUGAUUGAGUAUUCCGGACUCUUCAACCGAUACAGUCGGAUACCACUACAGUUGGAUGAGACAGAGCAGGUGUUGUAUGGAGCUGGACAGGACUGCUAUACAAGAUUCUGGUCUGUGAAGACUGGUGAACUGCUGAAGACUGUGCCCCCGCCAUGCCCUGUAACAAGGGAGACAAUCCCAGCAGUGCAGUACUCUACACGGUGGGCCAAUCGGGAAGGAAACACCGGCCUCAUCAUGGGAAUAGGAGAUAGGCUGUAUUACUACUGUAGGUCUACGUGACAACAUGGCGGUGGGGUAUCCUAGUGGUUAAAGCGUUCCGCCGAAGACCCGGGUUUGAUUCCCCACAUGGGUACAAUGUAUGAAGCCCAUUUCUGAUGUCCCCCGCCGUGAUAUUGCUGGAAUAUUGCUAAAAGCAGAAAACCGUACUCACUCACUACGUGACAUCUCAUUAAUCAUCAUCCCUGCUUCUUGCAUUCAGGGUCUCUUUGCCAACAGGUGCUCUGAUAUUUACAAAACACAUGCUGCACUGUUGAUACUACACAUGAAAGACUUCUCCUUGGUUUGCUUCAAUCUGUUUGCUAUGAACACAGUGUGAUAUUGUCAUGUGUAUGAGCCGAGAGACACAGCACUGUAUUGUCAGUGAUGGAACUUGUCUGUAAAUGCAGCCAGUUCCCUGGGGCUUAAUAUUGAAUGUUAAAUUGAUACUACGAGCCCUGCUGACACUGGUAUUGUGUAUGAUGAGAGAAGCAGUGUUGUGGUAUGAGACAAGAGAAGCAGCACUGUUGUCAUGGUUGUGUUGCAUGUAUCAAGGCGAGUGUUGUUUAUAUGUUGUGCAUGCUGAUGCAGAGAUAACCGUUGUGUUGAAUACGCCCAUGCUGAAUGCUGGUGGCGCUGUAGUGUGUCAUGUGUGCUGAGAUUUACACAGGGGUUGAUUUAACUGCUGGCCCGUUGGCUCACGGCCAGUUAAAAUUACGAAAUGCUUGCUGAAACAUAAAGUAGUCAGGCUAGUCAAAAUUUCACCCCUUCUCUGUGUAUGUUUAAUUUUUUUAAUUGGUCACUGCUCGUGAAUCAUGUUAUUACGAUGAAAAAGUAUUCAGGGGGGAUGUGGUCGUGUGAAUGGGUAACUCAAAGAUCAUUUCGGUGGAAUUACACAACCAGCGGCCAUUUUGUACAUCAUCUUUACUUGCUCUUAAAACUGGCUUGAAAUGAAGCAAAUGGAAGCCAAGAUUUAAUCUCGGUGCAGGAAAUGACGUUUCAGGGGUGAGGCACUCUAAAGUUUUCAGAGCCCACUUGUUAACUUAUUCGUGGGCUCCAACAUUUAGUUUUGGGGCCAGUUAGUUAAGAGACAGGACAGUUACUAUUGAAAGGAGCAAGCUCUGCUGGCUACAUACGUAUUUGUUGGAAAAUCUACCCCUGAUCACAGCAUCUUACUAGGAGUUUUAGCCUCAAGGAAAUGCAUCAGUUCCAUUGACCUUUUCUUUCACAUCAACAUGAUUAAGCCGACACACUUUGAUGUGAAAGAAAUACUGGCAGUGUUAACUCACUCAUUAAUUUACAGAGACUGUCUCUGUGGUCUCUUGGACCGAGCGUCUGCCGGGAGAGUCUGUGGUUCAUUUCCCGGAUGUGUCAAACCAAAGAUGUUUAAAGAUCGUACUUGUUACCCUGGCAAGUGUUUGGAUAAACAAGGAUUGAUCAGCUUGGAGUCCGUUUAAUAUGUCUCAGUGUAGUGUUCAUGUUAAACUGCUGAUGGUAUCUCAGUUGGCUAGCACUAUAAACCCGAAUUGUUUGAGAGGCAUUACUUAGAAGUUGACAGAUGACAAAGUAGACACAAUUUAUGGAUAACAACUUCUUUGAUACUGUAAAGGCGAUGUUUCGGUAUAGAUCCUUAUACCGUUGCUUGACAAAGAAGUAUUAAAGAAGUAUUAAAGAAGUUGUUAUCCAUAAAUUGUGUCUACUUUGUCACUAUAAACCCAGCAUUAGUCUGGAUUAGUACAAGCAGACAGACACACAAGCAUGCAUGUGCAAUAAUCUUGAAUAGGACACUAAACCUUAUUUACCACCUAAUAACCAAGGUUGGUGGAUAUUUUGUUUAAAGUCUUGAACGCAAGAUCAUAAUGGUGUCACAUGCUAACUAUGGGUGAUGGUGUGAAUCGUGUGGGUUUGACUAGUCAGGAUGGUGUUGUGUACGUUGUUCAUUAAAUAUGCAGAGAAAUGUUAGGGACCAAUUCCAACCUGCACAACCCACAGGACACUGUGGACGGAAUCCGUCCCCAUUUACCAUGCUACUUGUGUGACAAACAUGUUGGAUUGUGUGAUCACACCAUCAUUCCUGGGAUCGUUGCUCGUGCGAUCUACCACCAAUCUGCCCGGCCUAGACUUGAUUAUCUACAGGUCGCUAUAUUUGCUGAAGGUGGUGUAACAUCCUACUCACUCACUCAUUCACUCAAACAUCAGUGCCAUUACACUAUGUUACAAAUGUUACAAGUGCUGAAGUAUUGGAACUUAUUUUAUUGCAAAAUAUUGUACAAAGAUGAGAGGUACUAUUCUCCAUAAGUACAAACAAUGACAUUAUUUUACU